AUGCCUUCGCGCUCUCGCCCAGGUCCUCCCGAGGUGGAGGAAGACUCGGGGCUUCGCAGUCUGUCAUUCAACCAGCCGCUCUCAUGGCGCGUGGGGCGCUCCGCCAUUCCUAUCGCGGAUCUCCUCGAACGUCUCCAAACCCUCGCGCAGGAACUCCGCAAACUCGAUCAGGAGGAAAUUGACAAGGAAUCGCUACAAAAGGUGUCUCAGGAACUUGCCAGUGGGAACUUACUUGCCCACAAGGAUAAGGGUGUCAGAGCAUGGGCUACGUGCUGUAUCGUUGAUGUGUUGCGACUAUGCGCACCAGACGCGCCUUUUACGCGCAAUCAAUUAAAGGAUAUAUUCACGUGUAUUGUGUCCUCGAUUAUCCCCGCUUUGGCCGACCCGUCCAACGCCUACAAUGCCCAGCAUAUCUACGUCCUGGGAUCUCUUGCUGAGGUGAAGAGUGUGGUUUUGAUGGUCGACCUUGAUCACCCGGACUCGCUCAUUGUCCCGCUGUUCACGAGCUGCUUCGACAUCGUCUCGGGUUCUUCGAAAGCAUCCACCGGUGAGGAGGUGGCUAAGAAUGUCGAGUUUGAUAUGACCCGAGUUCUUGUCACCGUGAUCGAUGAAUCCCUCGUCCUAGCCCCCGAGGUGGUAGACAUUAUCGUCGCGCAAUUCCUCCGUGUCGACCCGCGAGUGAUGGACAACCCCAACAAGAAAGGAAAGCGACCAGAUGCGCCGCUUGACACCAAGCAGGACACUCUUCUACUAAAGGACUAUCCGGCCGCCUAUAACAUGGCCAAGGCUAUCUGCCAGGCCUGUCCAGAACGAAUGACCAGUCACAUCAGUCAGUACUUCAACAAUGUCAUCAUCGAUGCGUCUGUGCCAGCUGCGCAAACGAAUGGCUCUAAGCAUGCCCGGAAACCCAAUCUGGACGAAUCCGAUGAGGAGGGAGAGGAUAUCAAGGAAUUGAGCAAGGCACACCGUCUGAUCCGGGAGCUUUGGCGUGCUUGUCCAGAGGUCCUGCAGAAUGUUAUUCCUCAGAUUGAGGCAGAGCUUUCUGCAGAAUCAGUGGCGCUACGUUUAUUGGCAACCCAGACGAUCGGAGACCUCGCUUCCGGAAUCGGUGUUGCAGUGUCGCUAGUGGAUUACGACAAAACCAUUCCCCAAGCGAAUGUUUUGUUGACUCCGGUAUCCCCUAAGCCUUUCUCCCAAGUCCACAGCUCGGCCUAUGAAGCCUUUUUGAGCCGUCGUCUCGACAAGACACCAUCGGUUCGUGCUGCUUGGGUCACAGUUGUGGGGCGAAUCCUUUUUACUUCGGCUGGAGGCUCUGGCCUACACGAAAGCGAAGAGCACAGUCUUGUCAGAAAUCUGGCAUCAAUGCUCCGCGACGUUGAUGAGAAAGUCCGCCUGGCUGCAGUGGAUACUGUUGGUCAAUUUGGGCUUUCCCAAAUUGUCCACAAACUCAGUGUGGAUGGUGGUUGCUCAUCACCAGACUCGGUUCUUGCUAUUCUUGCCGAGCGAGUGAAGGAUCGCAAGCCGCAUGUGCGUGAACACGCUAUGAAGAUCUUGGCUCGCAUGUGGGCUGUGGCAGCUGGUGACAUUGAGCAAAAUACGGAGCCCGUCGUAUCCCUUCUCAAAGAUGCACCAUCUAAGAUAUUUGAUGCAUUCUACACCAAUGAUCAAGAAAUCCAUAUUCUGAUCGACCGCGUUUUGUUUGAGACACUCCUGCCACUUCCUUAUCCCCCUAUCAAACCGAAACUUACUCGUGGCAGCUCAAACCAAUUGCAGAAACAGAAGGAGAGCCAGGCGUCUGAACCUGAGUCAGAGACGGAUGUUGACAAGAUUCGCGUUCGCCGAAUUCUUACCCUGCUCCGAGGCUUGGAUGAAAAGGCGAGGCGAGUCUUUUUCGUCAUGUUGGCCCGUCAGUUAUCGAUGAGAUCGGCCGUGACGCUUUACUUAGAGGCCUGUGAGAAGUACAAUGGCGGUGUUUUCGACAAGGACGAAGAACAGAUUAAGACACAAUUGUCCAAGAUCAUUGAAUCAUUAUCCAAAACUUUCCCAGAUGCCUCUCGCGCAUCAGCAGACUUGUGGAAGUUUGCUAAGGUCCACGAUCGACGAAGCUACCAGCUGGUUCGCUUCACCAUGGCUGCUGUGAGUGAUUAUCGCACUGUUGUCAAGGCCACGAAGGAACUCCAGCGGCGAAUCCAGACUGCAAACAACUCUCCUCUGUUGGAAACGUUGACUCCUCUUGUGUAUCGCUGUGGGUCGUUGAUCUUUAAUCGAAGCCACAUCCCGGCGAUCAUGAGUUUGUCUCGCACAGAUGAGAAUGGACUGGCCAAUGCCGCACAAGAGAUGCUGAAGCAAAUAUCAUCUCAAAACCCCGAGGUCCUGGAGGCACAGGUCCAAGAAAUGUGCAAAGACCUUGAAGCUCAAGCCCCCAAGGCUUCCUCGGCCGGCGAUGGUAGUGCUGAAGAUAUCUUGAAGGCUUGUGCUGGUUUCGCUAAGAAGCUCCCUGCUAAACUCCCCAAAGAGCGCAAGUUCUUCCAAGCUCUGGCCAACUACGCCCUUUACAGUUCAUCGCCGCAUUCUGCAAAACAUGCCGUCUCCAUUCUCAUGGCCACGGCCGACCGAAAAGAGAUGUAUGCGAAAGAUCUAGUACAAAAGUGCGUUGAGAAAUGGACGUACGGAUCUGAUCGAUUCCUCACUCGCCUGGCUGCUCUGUCGCAGCUGAACCUUCUUGCACCAAGAGAAGCAGACGAAGAAAGUGAUGCUAUCAUUUCGAUCGCCAUCAACCAAAUUCUGCUCACUAAUCGCACACCUGAACCAGGCUCUGACUACAACUGGUCAGAGACAGUUGAUGACGAGACCAAGGCCAAAGAAUGGGCACUGAAAAUCAUUGUCAACCGCCUUCGGGCUAAGGAUGGAGCAGACAAUGAAGCUGACUUCAGGGCUCAUGCAAAGCCUGUUUACGAAACAUUAAAUAAAUUGGUGGUCGGCGAAGGCGAGAUCUCCAAAAAGAAGGAUACCCCUGCUGGCCAAAAACCGCGCCUUCGCCUCCUUGCUGCCAAGUCCCUACUAAAGCUGUGUGCUUCCAGCACUGUCUGCGACGGUUUGCUGACGCCGGCCGAUUUCAACGCAGUCGCUUUGGUUGCCCAGGAUCCACUCUUGCAGGUGCGAAGUGGAUUUAUCAACCACCUGAAGAAGAAACUCGUACAAAAGUCACACCUCAGCCACCGAUGGUACAUUGUCCCCUGUUUGCUUGCUUUCGAACCUGUUCAUAGUCUGAAAGAGAGCACGCUUACAUGGUUACGGUCCCGAGCGGCAUAUUUUGCGCAACAGGCGCAGGCCAGUGGGAAACGGACAGAACAGACCAUGGUCAUGGAAUUGAUCUUCUCGCGCCUCCUGUCAUUGCUUGCCUACCAUCCUGAUUACCCGUCCGAGGAUCUGGACGAGGCAACUAAACUAGGCGACCUGACUGACUUUUCUCAAUACAUCAUUUUCUACCUCUCUGCAGUUGCCAAUGAGCACAACAUGUCAUUGAUUUUCCAUGUCGGACAGCGCGUUAAGCAAUUCCGCGAUGGCAUUACCAAAUCAGACGAGAUCUCCACCCGCCUCCAUACUCUAUCUGAUCUGGCGCAAGCAACUAUUCGCCGGUUCGCAGAUAUUUACUCCCAACAACACAAGUUUGGCGGUGCUGCCGGUGCAACCAACAUCUUGCAGACCUACCCUGGAAAGAUGGGCGUCCCCAGCUCCCUCUUCACCUCCAUGAGCAGUCACCGCGAAGCCCAAGACGUCGCCGACAAGAACUUCCUUCCAGAUGAGUUGGAUGAUUUGCUGGAUCGCGUCGUCCGAAUGGCAAUGAAGCCUAGGAGUAACUCUGCUCACGGUUCGCAUGGCGGAUCAAACAAAAAGCGCAAACCCGAGUCUCUUGAUGCGAACGGCAAAUCCUCGGUGGCUAAAAAGCCACGGAAGGAUAAGUCUUCCCGUCCCGCUCGCAAGUCCACAUCUUCGAUCAGUGCAGCUAGCAAGCCGAAGCGGAGAUCAAAGAACGACGACGGCUGGUCUUCCGACGGAGGUGCUGUAGACGCCACGCCUGCUUCGGCUCGCCGCCGCAGCGUCCGAGGCACCACGAAGGCGGAAGUCAGCUAUGUCGAUAAUGAUAGCGAUGAUGCCGACAUGGAGAUGGUAGAGUGGGAAAAUUCUAAAGAAAAGGAAAAUGGCGAAGAUGAGGCCGAGGAAAGCGAGAACGAAGAAAUUCAAGAGUCAGAUGAUGACCAAGAACUCUCUGAGGCUGAUGAGCCCGAGGCCAGCGAGAAGGAACCCACGCCGCCUCCUGCAAAGAAGCGAGGUGGAAAGGCCACUCCUGCGAAGGGCGAUGCUAAGAAGGCCGAGACAAAGAAACCGGCGACUAGCGUGCCUUCACGACGCUCUUCGCGUCGUGGAUAA